CCUGCUUUAACAGACUAGUCAAAUCAUCGGAGUCUCCAUUCACCUAGUUGUUCUGCAGCAGCUCAGAAGGAAACAAGAUCCUCAUCACCAGUCUCUCCGGGAAGAUUUCCAAAUCUACCUUUCCAGAAUCAUGGAGGACAAUAUGUAUGGACGGGAACUGAAUGCGCCCCCUAAGUAUGAACCCCUUAAGGAAGAAGUGGAGUUCCGGAAUUGCCCUGGCCAGACUGUGCAAACCACCGUAGUGACCAUCACGCCCGAUAGCCCUCCUAUACGGGAUCACAUCAUUUGGUCGUUUUUCAACACCAUAUACUUGAAUUUCUGCUGCUUGGGACUUCUUGCCUUUGUAUUCUCAGUCAAGUCCAGAGACCGAAAGUUGCAUGGAGACAAGCAUGGUGCCCUGAGCUAUGCUUCCACCGCCCGCUCUCUAAACAUCGCCGCCACUGUACUAUCCAUCCUGAGUCUUAUUAUUCUAAUCAUCAUUUUCAUUGUACAAAUGGUAUAUCUUGCUGACGCGAUUCAACAAGGCCAAGUGGAUUUCAACCGGUAUGGAUGAUGCAACAUGUUCAAAAGAAGAGAGGAAAAAAAGAUUGGCGCCUGCUUGCCUCUAACUUUUUUCUCGUAACUAGAUCCAAUGAGAAAUGUGUUUAACACAUUUGGUGCCUUCUGGCCUUCAUGAUUUGCUUAUUGCUGAGAUUUAGGUUUUCUGACUAGAAUUUCUACUUAAAGGGGUUAUCCAGGAAAACUUUUU